GUUACAGGGGAAAAACAUGAAAAUUCAGAAGAAAGAUAAGCAGAUGUCCGCCACCCACUUGUUAAAGCACACUCCAGCCUCUGCAGCCUCUACUGCCACUGACCAAAACGCACAAACAACAUUUCCCAUCGGCCACCCUGGUUCCAAGGAACAAAUCCGGAUCAUUGGAGGGCAGACCAAUCAUUGCAUGGCCCACACAAAGCACUCUGGGAUUCAGGAGGCGGGGCCAGGUGGCAGCAGCAGCAGCCUCAGUCCGCGCCAACCAUCUUCUCCAAUCAACAGCGAGGAGGACGACGGGGGAGGUGGGGCCAGAGUAAAGAAGAAAAGAAAGAAAAAAGAUAAGAGGGAGACCAGAGACUGGGAGAACUCUGAAAAGGAGAGUGACACCAAACCAAAGAAAAAGAAGGAGCAGAAAGAAGGGAAGGAGAUUCUUCCACGGAAGUCCAAGGUCCCCAAGGAGCAGAAGGAGCCCAGGAAGACCAAGGAGCUGAAACCACCAAAGGAGGUCAGAAAGAUCAGGAAGGGUCGUGAAGUCAAACCGAAGACACAAGAAUGCAAGAAUGCUGCCUCCCCUCCCAGACAGCGAGGGAGAAAGCCCAAGGAGCAGGGAGCAGUGCCUCCAGAGAAGAAGAAGAAAGGGAAGAGGAAAAGUGAGGUGCUGCAGGAGUCCAUGGAGAGUGAUGACGCCGCCUCCCUCAGUGCUGUGGCUAUGGGAGGAGAGGAGAGUACUGAUCCCAUGGACAACACUAAGAGGCGUUCAGGGCGACAGGUGAAACGCAGGAAGUAUAACGAAGACCUGGACUUCAAGGUUGUGGACGAUGAUGGGGAGACCAUUGCUGUUCUGGGCACAGGGCGGAUCUCUGCCCUGUCCUCCUCUACACUUGCCUGGCAGGCAGAGGAACCCCCUGAGGAUGAGGCAAACAUCAUUGAGAAGAUUCUGGCUGUCCGAACUGCAAAGAGAGAGACGUCACUGGAUGAGCCACCUGUGGAGUUUGAGGAGUUUUAUGUCAAGUACAGAAAUUUCUCUUAUCUCCACUGUAAAUGGGCCACGCUGGAGGAGUUGGAGAAAGACCCACGCAUUCACCAAAAAAUCAAGCGCUUCAGGACCAAGCAAGCCCAAAUGAAGCACAUUUUCACAGAGCCCGAUGAGGACCUUUUUAAUCCAGACUAUGUAGAGGUGGAUCGAGUUCUGGAGGUUGCCCACACUACAGACACAGAGACGGGAGAGGAGGUGACUCACUAUCUGGUGAAAUGGUGCUCACUAUCAUAUGAGGAGAGCACCUGGGAGCUGCAGGAGGACAUAGACCCUGGAAAAAUCCGUGAGUUUGAGGAGCUCAAGAAAAUUCCAGAGAUCAAACAUGUGGAGAGGCCUUUGCCAGAGCAGUGGCAGAAGCUGGAGAAAUCUCGUGACUACAGGAAUGGAAACCAGCUCCGAGAGUAUCAGCUGGAAGGCAUGAACUGGUUGCUUUUUAACUGGUACAACAGGAAGAACUGCAUUCUUGCAGACGAGAUGGGAUUAGGCAAGACUAUCCAGUCCAUCACCUUCCUCUAUGAGAUUUUCUCCAUGGGCAUCCGUGGACCCUUCCUCAUCAUCGCUCCCCUGUCCACCAUCACAAACUGGGAGCGGGAGUUCCGCACCUGGACAGAGAUGAACGUGAUCGUGUACCACGGCAGUCAGAUCAGCCGACAGAUGAUCCUACAGUACGAGAUGUACCACAAAGACGAUCAGGGGAACGUUGUCCCGGGCCUGUUUAAAUUCCAAGGUGUGAUCACUACAUUUGAGAUGAUCAUGGCUGACUGUCCAGAGCUGAAGAAGAUUAACUGGCGUUGUGUGGUCAUAGACGAAGCCCAUCGCCUUAAAAACCGUAACUGCAAACUCCUGGAGGGUCUGAAACUCAUGAACCUGGAACACAAGGUGUUGUUGACGGGCACACCUCUGCAGAACUCAGUGGAGGAACUCUUCAGCCUUCUCAACUUUCUGGAGCCGCUUCAGUUUCCCUCAGAGAGCAGUUUCCUGGAGGAGUUUGGGGAUCUGAAAACAGAGGAGCAGGUGAAGAAACUACAGGCUAUUCUGAAGCCCAUGAUGCUUAGGAGACUGAAGGACGACGUGGAGAAGAACCUGGCCCCGAAAGAGGAGACAAUCAUCGAGGUGGAGCUCACCAACAUCCAGAAGAAAUACUACCGUGCCAUCCUAGAGAAGAACUUCACGUUCCUCGCCAAAGGAGCCAACCAGCACAACAUGCCUAACCUGAUCAAUACUAUGAUGGAGCUACGCAAGUGCUGCAACCACCCUUACCUCAUUACAGGUGCUGAGGAGAAGAUUCUGGAGAGCUUUAAAAAAACACAUUCUCCAGAAGCUUCAGACUUUCAGCUGCAGGCCAUGAUCCAGGCUGCAGGCAAGCUGGUGCUGAUAGACAAGCUCCUGCCCAAGCUUAUUGCAGGAGGACACAAAGUGCUGGUCUUCUCUCAGAUGGUCCGCUGUCUAGACAUCCUGGAAGACUACCUCAUCCAGAGGAGAUACACAUACGAGCGCAUUGACGGGAGAGUGCGUGGGAACCUGCGGCAGGCGGCGAUCGACCGGUUCUGUAAAGCUGACUCGGACCGGUUUGUGUUUCUGCUGUGUACCCGCGCCGGUGGGCUUGGCAUCAACCUCACUGCAGCAGACACCUGCAUUAUCUUUGACUCAGACUGGAACCCUCAGAACGACCUGCAGGCCCAGGCUCGCUGUCACCGGAUUGGCCAGAGCAAAGCGGUCAAGGUUUACCGACUCAUCACGAGGAACUCGUACGAGAGGGAGAUGUUCGAUAAGGCCAGUCUGAAACUGGGACUGGAUAAAGCCGUUCUGCAGGACAUCAACCGCAAAGGCAGUCUGAAUGGGGUGCAGCAGCUGUCUAAGAUGGAGGUGGAAGACCUCUUGAGGAAAGGGGCAUAUGGCGCACUCAUGGACGAGGAAGAUGAAGGCUCGAAGUUCUGCGAGGAAGAUAUCGAUCAGAUUCUCCAGCGCCGCACGCAGACCAUCACCAUCCAGUCCGAAGGGAAGGGCUCCACUUUUGCCAAGGCCAGUUUUGUGUCAUCUGGAAACAGAACUGACAUCUCUCUCGAUGAUCCCAACUUUUGGCAGAAAUGGGCCAAAAUUGCCGAGCUGGAGAUUGACUCCAAGGCGGAGAAGGACAGUUUGGUGAUCGACACGCCUCGCGUGCGGAAGCAGACACGACACUACAACUCGUUUGAAGACGAUGAGCUGAUGGAGUUCUCAGAGCUGGACAGCGACUCUGAGGAGCGGCCGUGCCGCACGCGGCGCCUUAACGACAGGAACCGCCGCUAUUUACGAGCAGAGUGCUUCCGCGUGGAGAGGAACCUCCUGAUAUUUGGUUGGGGUCGGUGGAAGGACAUUCUGAAUCAUGGGCGUUUUAAGUGGCACCUGACGGAGCGGGACAUGGAGCUGCUGUGUCGGGCUCUGCUGGUCUACUGUGUCCGUCACUAUAAAGGGGACGACAAAAUCAAAAGUUUCAUCUGGGACCUGAUCACGCCCACGAAGGACGGACACAACCAAGCCCUGCAGAAUCACUCUGGUCUGUCUGCACCCGUGCCCCGGGGUCGUAAAGGCAAGAAGCUGAAGAACCAGCUGAGUCCCCCGGAGCUGAGCAACGCUGAUUGGCUGGUUCACUGUAAUCCAGAGGUGGUGCUCCAGGAUGACAGCUAUAAGAAACAUCUCAAACAGCACUGCAACAAAGUCCUUCUGAGGGUGCGGAUGCUUUACUACCUGAAGGUGGAAGUGCUGGGAGAGGCAGCUGACCAAGCGCUGGAGGGAAUUCCUGCCAGUAAACUGGAGGUUGCUCUGCCUGAUAUUGAUUAUAUCGAGAUUCCAGCUGGCUGGUGGGAUGCUGAGGCUGACAAAUCCCUCCUCAUAGGAGUGCACAAACACGGCUAUGAGCGAUAUAAUGCCAUGCGUGCGGACUCUAAACUCUGUUUCUUGGAGCGUGUGGGUAUGCCUGACGAAGCCGCACUGUCAGCCGAACAGGGGGGAGUUGAACCUGUGACAGAUUUACCUGACAGUGUCUGCAAGAGUGAUGAAGUGAAAGAGGAAGUAAAGAACGAGAUAAAAGAAGAGGUGAAGGACGAGGUGAAGGACGAGGUGAAAGAGGAGGUGAAGGAAGAAGGGAAAGAAGAGGCAGAUGAAAAGCCUAAUGGAACAUUUCUGUCGUCAGUGCCAUGUGAUUUCGUGCAGACGGUUGUGGAGCAGGGUAGGGCGGUGUGGCCGACAGGCUCCUCCCUCACGGCACGUCUACGCCGUCUCAUCACGGCCUAUCAGCGUUACACGCGUCGCGAGCCUCUUCGCCACGACUUCCUCGUGCACGAGGGCGUCGGGCCGGUUGCCUGGCAACUGGGGGAGGAGCUACGGCGCUGUACGGCCGAGCCUGACCCAGUAUUCUUGGAGUGGCAGAGGAGGUGGACAAGGCGCGAACAGGCAGAUUUUUAUCGCACCGUGUCCUCGUUUGGUGUGGUGUACGACCCAGAGAAAAAGGCUUUUGACUGGAGCCAGUUCCGUUCUUUUGCUCGUCUGGAUAGGAAAACAGAUGAGAGUUUGGAGAGAUACUUCUAUGCCUUUGUGUCCAUGUGUCGCACUGCUUGCAGAUUACCGCCCAGGAAGGAUGAAGGUCCCGUGGAUCCCUCUUUGUUGGUGGAGCCUCUCACUGAGGAGCGCGCUGCCCGUACCCUCUACCGUAUUGAGCUGCUGCGUAAAGUUCGGGAGCAGGUACUGCGUCACCCACUCUUGGGUCAGCGACUGCAGCUGUGCCAGCCGAGCCUUUACCUGCCCGUGUGGUGGGAAUGCGGGAAGCAUGACCGCGACCUCCUGAUCGGCGUUGCCAAGCACGGACUUAGCCGCACAGAGUACUACAUCCUCAAUGACCCCCAGCUCUCCUUCCUGGAGGCUCAUCGAAACUACGUGCACAAAGAGAACCAUGGGUACCACGUGCAGGGCAUGCCUCACCACCACUGCUGCCUCUACGAUACCAACCUCGGGCACUGCCACUCACCUCAGCCCCCCGAAUACCACCCCACACCUUCCCAUCAUGGCCACGCCCACACACACAUCCACACGCACAUGCACCACCACUCGGAGCCGGUGGCCUCCGACCCCUGCAGCACCCUGGGUAUGAGCACCGGUCCCAGAGAAGGGUUUCUGGACUGCCCCCCUCUGGAUGACUCUCUCGAGCUUACGUCUCUGCAGCAUGAUGGCCUGGCGUCGGACUCGCUCCACGGCAAGCCCAGCAAAGAGGCCUUCAAUGGUUUCCCCUUCAACUCUGCAUCGGGAGGCCAGAGCAUGCUCAACUCGUACGGUGUCCAAGGAGACCUGGGCGGAGGACAAGGGGAUAUGGCUGACUCCAUUGCUGGGAAGCUGCGCAGUGACGUGUUGGUCGGGGAACAGGGGUCGUCGGAGGAGACCGGGCUGAUGGCCCCCUCGGUGGAGCUGGAUGAGCUCCAGACACCCUGGGAGAGCUCCGACCAUACCAGCGCCACUGACAUCUUCAACGAGGCCGACCCCAUCCUGGGCACGCCCGCCUUGGAGACGGGAUUCCUCGACGCCGGGCAGCCCGCAGAUGGGCCGGAGGGUGACGAAACAUUGACAGACUGCCUGAACAUGGCCAGCUCUGACUCGCAGAGUAACCCCGUCGAGCCACUCGCUCCCAGCUUCAUGCUGUUCAAGGACCUCAGUGUCGGUGAGAGAGCCGUGGGGCAGUCGGAUCUGUCGGCAAGUCCUCCUGAAUAUGUACCUCCACCUCCCCUCACACUAUCGGACAUGAACCUCCAUCAGGCUCCUCCCGUCAGCGAGGAGCCGGAGGAGAAGCUGAGCGACUCUGACAUCACUCACAGCAUGGCCAGUCCUGGGGACAGGACAGAAAGCGUGGGCUUCGAGUUCGAGAAGGAAGACCUGUCACGAGACAGUCACAGUAUGGAGGACACAGUUCUGGAGUCUGAGGAAACCUUAGAGGGAAUGAGCAUUGGGUCAACAGAAGAAAACCCGGAAGAUAAUAGGCUGGAAUCCCAAAAGGGAACCUCAGAGGAGAAUGUUUCAGAGCUACAAAAAGAGGCCCUAGAUCUAGAACACCCAAAAGGCCAGCUGAAGGAGCCGUUAGCAGAUCCCAGUCAGGAGCAGUUAAUGGAUUCAAGCAGAGUAUCUCUGGAGGAGCCCUGCCAAACAGCCUUACGGGAGCCAGUGGAAAUCCCCUUAGGAGAUCCAUGUGAUGGUAAUUUAAAGGAGCAUUGUGAGGAGAGGCCCAGUGAAGACUCCACACUGGAACCUCCUGAAGAGUCUUCGGAGGAAAGGCGCUCUGACGUGCCCUGUCCGGAACCUUCUGAAACCACGGUAGGGAGCACUCUAGGUGAACCUCUCUCAACAGCUGGGCCUUCACCGCCGUCUCCGCCCUCGACCCCGUCCCUACCCCUCCCUCCACCCGACACCUCCACCUCUCCUGAACCUGGCAUAGUCUCCAACAUCAAGCAGGAGUUCCUGAUGGAUCCAGCCUGCUCAGAGAUGAAGCCAGAACCUGACAGCACCACCCUCACACCCCAUCUGGAGCAGACUGAGGUGCUGGACAUUAAGAGUGAGAUCAAGGAGGAGCAGGCAAAGACUCCAGGUCUGCUGGUGGAUGGUUACGUGGAGGCUCCGCGGUUUGCCCCGCCCAUGUCUGUGUGUGACAUCACGGACUCUGUCCCUGAUGUGAGGGAGCCAACCAUCGCCCAGCUGCUGCAGGAGAAAGCUCUUUACUCCUUCUCUGAGUGGCCCAAGGACAGAGUGAUAAUGAACCGCAUUGACAGUAUCUGCCACGCCAUCCUAAAGGGCAGGUGGCCCUCCUCCAGUCAGCAGUACGAGUCUCCUAGUUCACUGGCCAACACCUGCAUGGCCAACAACAGCCACCCCAGGCCUGGCUUCCUGCCCCCCCGCAUAGCCCCCACCCAGAGCCUUAACUUCAACAUCACCCCACCCGUCCCACGCAUAAACAAGGAGAGACUGGUGACCCCUGCGUUUCUGUCUGAGAUAAAGCGAGGUAGACGAGAGUUUGACUUUGAGACGGAGGCUUUGUCCAAACCAUGCCACUCAGGGGAGAAGAUCCCCGUAAGCGUCCCUCACCGCGACGGCUCUCUACUCCUUAACGGCUGGCAGGAGACGGCCAUGGACCUGUCCAAGCCUGCGGAGUUGGGGAUGACCACAGAGCCCGGUCACAUGACCCACACCGUCCACUCCACCUCCCAUAAGAUGACCUCACUGGGCUCCAUCCAGAGCUCCCUGGGAUUGGACAUGGCCGGGAUCCUGCAGGCCGGUCUCAUCCACCCCGUCACCGGGCAGAUCGUCAACGGCAACCUGCGCAGAGAUGACUCCAUCAUGAGGAGGAGGAGGGGCCGCAGGAGAAACGUGGAGGGUCCUGACCUCGGCUUCAUCAAGAAUCGCAGCAUGCACCUCCCCGAACAGCAGGCUCUGUCAGCAGAGAGCAUCAGUCACCCCAUCGUCUCGUCCACAUCCUCUCAGACAGAGCGACCCACAUGUCCGCCUCCCACCCAGCCACCCAAAGCUCCCAGUAUGGACAGAGAGUCCGCCAGUAAGGGGCUGAUGGAGUGGCUAAGACAGAACCCCACAUACAGUAUGGACGUGCCAGCUUUUCCGCCGUCUCAGACUGCUGGAAUGUUACAUGGCUUUGUGGAGCGGCCUAAGCAGAGGAGGCACCGCUGUAAAGACCCCACUAAACUGGACGUCAACUCCCUGACUGGAGAAGAGAGAGUACCCGUGGUACACCGUAGCACUGGUCGCAGGCUUGGUGGCGCUAUGGCUCCAGCCAUUAAGGAGCUCUCUCGGUGGCUUGACGCCAACUCUGAGUACUGUGUGGCACCUGACUGGGCGGAAGUGGUGAAGCACUCUGGUUUCCUUCCUGAGGGAAAGUUCACCCGUAUCCUGACAGAGCCAGUGUGUCGGGACCCAGGUCCCAGACGGAGGGGACGGAGACCCCGCAGUGAACUGCCCAAAUCGGGAUCCCUGCUUGCGGAGUCUCCGUCCAGCAUGGGGCCGCUCUUCAUGAACGGUGGCCUGAUCAGUAGCAUGGACCUGGUGAGCCUGCAGAACCUGCGAAAUGUUCCCGGCAUCCCACUGACAGCCGCCGGACUCAUGGGGUUCCCACAUGGUUUCGCCGCAGUGCCCGCCGGAGAGGCCGAUGGAAAGAACGGCUUGGGUAUGCUUCCCAUGAUGCUUCACAGCAUGCCAGCCGUACAGCACCCGCCCAUGUUUGGUGUGGGAGGGCUCAUGAGCCAGCCCCCUCCCACCUCAGCGACACCGUCAGUUUCCACAGCGACACCCGUGAGUGUCGCCACGGUGACAUCCUCCUCCAUAGCAGUUAGCAACGCCGAGUCUGCCGCCACAAGCGACUGUGCUAACACUAACGCUCAGCCUGCUAACGCGGACAGGAGGAAGGAGGAGAAGCAGAUGAGCGGGGAAGGUAGAGCAGGCACCGCGGUAGCUGCGUGUGUGUCUGCGGUUACCGCAGCAACCAGUAGCGGUAGCAACAGCACGAGUAUGGCCAGCACCGGCAGCAUCAGCACCACAGGCAGUCAUCUUACGUUUAACCCUUUCCUAAUCCCAGGGAUGUCCCACGGACUGCUGUACCCACACAUGUUCCUGCCUCACGGCAGCAUCAUGGCCCUGCCUGCCAUGCCUGUCACGGACAGUACCGGCAGCCCCAAGCGCAAGAAGAAAAAAGUAAGGGAAGAAGGUGGAGGAGGGGCUGCAGGAGGAGGCACGGGUGGUGAGAGUGAAAGUGGGAACGGGAUGGGUUGCGCGGUUACAGACGGCGAGCCACUGACAGAGCCCAGUGACGGAAACUUGACAGAAAGCACCAGAGAAGAGGGAGGGGAUCAGAGUGGAGAUGCCACAGAGGAGGUGAAAGGACAGGACUCCUGUGCUCCUCCCGAAGUCAGUACAGAGAAGCACGCUGAAGGUCAGAGAGGAGCAGACGAGGAGGAUGGGGGUGAGACAGAAAGAGAAAAGGAGGACAGAUUGCCUGAAGGGGAGGAGGUGGAGAGUGGCUCCAGGGAGGACAGAGAAUCGCUGUAGGACUCCCAUGUUCCUCCUUCUGUUCCAACUUUUCUGUCAUGUGUUGUGUCCAUCAAUGUUCAUGUUAAAAAAAAAAAAAAGAAAAAAAAAACAACAGCAACAAC